AUGCGAAGGCCUGCCGUAGUCGCAAGAUGGUUUGGUGGGUCGGAGAAAAAGAGGCGCCGGGCCAAUCACGGCGGAGAAUUACCCUUUCUGCUUUUCGACCCAUUUGAGCUUUUGCGAACGAACAUUCGAUUCCCAAACCUCGACAAAUCCAGCGCCAACACCGGCCCAAACUCUCUCCCCGGCGGGCGCCCAAUCCCGAGCUACGAUGAAUGCUGCUGUUGCGAGGCAGCCGGUGGGCUGUCUGAAGGCGGCCUUGAGGAGGAUGAGAUUCCAGAGAUCGUGGCAGCGUCAGAGACAACGUAUGGCAGGCACUGGAUUUUGCUGGCAGACACCCUUGCUAAUGGCGAUUUUGGCAUUCUAGACAUGGAGCAGCAAAAGGUCGCAAAGUUCCAGAUUUGGCCGCAGGUCCCUUCACCACGAGCCGCACAUCCCGAUCCGAUGCCCGCCUUGAGACAGCAGGAGAUUGCCCGUCUCGACCCGACUGGCGCCAGGACGAGGCUCUUUUCCCGAGAGCACGCCGACAGCGCCAAGGUCGGCGACGUGCUCAUGGUGACGACCAAGGCCGGAGAGCCCUUUUCGGGAGCAUUCAUCCAACUACGGCGGCGCGGCGUGGACACGGCCAUCCUGCUACGAGGCCAGAUGAUGAAGGUCGGCGUGGAGAUGUGGUUCAAGAUUUACAGCCCGACGGUCACGGGCAUCGACAUCAUAUGGCGCAAGCCCAAGAGGGCCAGGAGAGCGCGGUUGACGUUUAUGCGCAAGCCGAAGCACGACAUGGGCAGCGUGGACAACCUGGUGGCGGCGUGGAGGAAGGAGAGAUAUGCGCUGCGGUCCAAGGCCAAGCAGGGUGGAGGGAGACAGGUGAGGUAG